GGUAAUGUGAAGAAGAAAGUUCAGUAUGAAACAAGUGCUGAAGAUAAAUUUGGAACGAGUCAUAAAGGCAGAAGACACAGAUUUUCAGUUUCACAUAAAUAUGUUCUACCAGUGGUUGAUAAAAACUCUGAGGGGGGACAGAAAGUUGAGGAGUAUAAAAUAGAUGUGGGUAAACUGUCGAGGUCUAAAAUAAAACAUCAAGUCACCAAGUGGGCGGGAAAAAAGAAAUGGUUGAAGGAAGAAGGGAAAGUAAACGUGAAAUCUGGGAAGUCGGAUGUGAGAAAGAGACUGGGUAAUAAAGAAUGGAGAAAAGAUAAGAAAAGAAAAGAUUAUCAAGUCUCUAGAAAGCUUGAAGAUCCUUACCCUGGAGAUGCUCCAGUUGAUCCAGUGAAACUAGAGAAAUAUAAACGUACAGAUACUACAGAAUUAAAAGAUGCCAGAUAUUUAGCAGCAAAACCAGAUAUGACAUUAUCUAAAAAUAAAACCGAUUAUGCUGUAGAAUUAUCAGCUAGGUCUGAUUUUUUACUACCAGAUAACUCCGGAUGUAUAGAAGUAGAAGAAGGGGAAGAUACAGCUGAUAUUAAACAACAUGAUAUCAUUAGUUCUGUAGAUAUUACAAGUGCUUCUAAGUAUUUGGAAGAGAAGACUAUCAGUUAUACACCAAAAUACAGGAAGAAAGGCAAGAGUAGUGGUGUACGCCGCGAGAAUCGUAAACAAGGUGUUAAAAAUAAUAUCAUUAGAGAUGAUAUCAGAGAUCAGUUGAAAGAAAAACGACAGGAAAAACGUGACAAGAAAUUAGCCAAUCAGAGAGGAGUGAAGUCUGUUCUCGAUAGAUUUAAACGGACUGUAGAGUGA